AUGGCAGCGCCAAAGAGCGUGGAGCAAUCCACCGAAUGCCAUCGGAGCUCAGGAGGCUAUCCGGAUCCUUACACCUACAACGGCAAGGGCAAGGCCAUCUAUAAUCCGCCCGUCGAGCUGCCUUCCUCAAGCGCCAGCAACUUCUUUGAGGAAGCAGGGGCAGGAGAAGCAGAGGAGACGGAGGCCCGACGCAAGUUCAACAAGUUCUGCACGCAGCCAGAUGGCUCUGAGCCAAAAGCUCACCUCACCUAUGACAGCUUUUGCCGGCUCGUGGCGCACUACGAGGCGGCAUCUUCCUCAAUGGUACAGUCUUAUUUCUAUGCCAUUGACCGCAAACGAGACAACAUGAUAGACUUCGACGAGUUUUUUCUGGGUGUCGUGGCGGGAGAUCCAACGACAGUGCACAUACUCAAUUCCUUCACUGGGAGAGAGCGGGCACAGUUCACGUUCGACUUCUACGACAUGAACCACUCUGGCCUUUUAGAGAUCGAGGAGUUUGAGCGAGUGGUCCGCGACUGCGCGCUAUCACAGCUGAGCCCCGAGCAGUGCAAAGGCACUGCGCUGGAGAAAGCAGAAGAGCUUGGCCUCAUGGACGACAGGCAGGAUGGUGGCUUCAUGCCUCCGGACAAAGGCAAGUUCUACGAGUUCAUUAUGACGGAGCGCUUACGGGGCACUUCGCGCCUCUUCCGCUUUCAGAAGAGCCUCAUAAAGCCUCCACAGAGCCGGUCGCAGAAACGAGGUCCGCAAGCUUCGGUGGGGCCGGCAGGGCCCACGGGGCACACGACGGGUCACCCCACAGGCCCUUCAGAGCCUCAAAGGCCAAGCUCCUUCGUGCCAGCCGCAGCCCCCGCGGCCCCCGCGGCCGCGCCCAGCCAACGCUCGGAGCGCUGCCGCUCCGAGCGCAGCGAGCGCCUGGAGGAGCGACUCCGGCCGCAAGACUGCUUUGAGCUGCCGGAGGCCGGCCAGGGCCACAAAGAGGAUCCCAUCCCAGAUCUGACGACUGAAGAGCCGGGCAGCGAACAGGACUCAGAGAUGAGCCCUUACAUCCUGGGCCUCGAAAGCGACGCCCCGAGCCCCGACGCGAAGGAUCUGUCUGUCAAUCUGCCGCCCUACGAUGCGUACCUGCCACCUGCGCCUUCGUGCCGCAUCGCGUUGGACGACGGCGUGGGCACUGCCGACGCCGUGCUUGCGGCGCAACGAGUCAUGGAGACGCUGAGUAUGGAAGACUUUCCAGGUCUCAUGCCUCCACCGGAUGGAAGCUUUGUGCUCUUGACAUCUGCUGAGCUCGUCGACCUCUGCAGAGCGGUCCGCCCAAUUCUGGCGGAGGAGGAGAUGAUCAUUCCGAAAGUGGUAGAGCCGAUCAAGGUCUUUGGUUCACUCCAUGGUCAGCUCUGUGACCUUCUAUCGUGGUUUAAGUGGCACAAGCCACCAUCAGAUGGGCCCAAAGGUGACCUGCAGUAUGUGAAUUAUGUUUUCCUGGGUGACUACACGGAUCGGGGAGGUUAUGGCUUGGAGGUGAUUUCGAUCCUCUUUUCCCUCAAGGUGCUAUUUCCCCACCGUGUCUGUCUUCUUCGUGGUCACCAUGAGAAUCGACAUGUGAACUACCACCUUGGCUUUCGACAAGAAUGUGAGAGACGGUUAGGUGCAGCAGGACUCGAGGUCUUUGAGUAUGUGAACUCUGCGUUUGACUACCUUUCCCUGGCCGCCCUGACGUGGAGCGGCUAUCUGGCGAUGGGGCCGGGCGUUGUGCCCGCAUCGUUGGCGGACCUGGAUCAGCUCAACCUUUACCAGAAGCCGCUGUCACUGCCGCAUCCGUCUUACGCGAGCGAGUUGGCUACCGAUGACUCUGACGGUGAGCAGAUCUUGCUGGAGCUCUUCACGCCAAGCUCGCUCCUGUCUCGAGACCUGGGAGCACGAACAGUGCUCGAUGACCAGUCCCUGAAGGCAUUCUGUGCAUCUCAGAAGCUCGAGGGUGUCAUCUUCGGCCGCCAGAUCCUGCCGCACGGGCAUUUGAAGGAGGACUGCGUGAUCAGGGUGUGCUCUUGCCUGAAUUAUUGCGACCUGUCCCCGGGCAACCUGGCCUCCAUCCUUUACAUCAUGACCGACAUGGAUUUGACAGCCUUGAUCAAGCCGAAGGUCAUGACCAGCUUUCUGGACAAGCAUCACUACCUCUCCGACUGCCCGGGCGGGGCAGUGCCUCGGCGAAGCAGCUCGCCAAGCCGCUGGCCCAAGCAGAUUCGCGCGCCAACCCCUGAUCGCAUCAUGGCAGUGGAGUACAGCGGACGCAAGGACAGCAAGGCCGAUCAACUCGUGCUCUUCCCCGCGUACAAAGCUUGCGUGCCGAAGAGGGCGCGUCCGGGAUCCACCAUACCGGAUGGCAGACGGCUAGCUCAAGGCAAUGCGUGA